GAAGGGAAGAAGGGAAGAAGGGAGGAAGGGAAUAAAGGAAGAAGGGAGGUCCCAGCAAGCCCAGCAGCUGGUCGCAUUAUACCAUGUGACUGAAGAUAUGUUAGCUAGCAGCCACCAUCACUUCACCUAAUUCAUGUCGUCCUCGAUCGGACCGUCAAAGGUCGGCUGCACAAACAUCUUCACCUUCUGCAACAAGCGGCAACAGAACUUAAACCUGCCUGGUGUCGCACGAGCACAGGAGAAGACCUGAGGUGGACUACUCCCCCAUUGGACUUUGAGGAGGGGGGAGGAGGAAGAAGACGAGGCCCCUUCCAUAACUACCCAGAGUAUGGGGCAAAAAGUCCCGGGUGGCAUUAAAACAAUUGAUAUGCGGGAUCCAGCCUUCAGUCCCCUGAAGCUGGAGCUACAGGCCUUGAGUCACACCAAGCCUUCUAGACUGGACUUGCUCCUGGAUAUGCCACCAGCCGGCGUGGAUGUUCAGGUCCAGCACUCGUGGAACAACGACGACCGCUCGCUCAACAUCUUUGUCAAGGAUGACAACAAGCUGGUUUUCCACAGGCACCCUGUGGCGCAGAGCACCGACGCCAUCCGGGGACGUGUUGGCUAUACACAGGGACUGCAUGUGUGGGAAAUUAGUUGGGCCAUGCGUCAGAGGGGCACGCACGCCGUGGUGGGCGUAGCAACAAGCGACGCUCCACUGCACUCCGUGGGCUACACGGCGCUGGUGGGAAGCGACGGCGAGUCCUGGGGUUGGGACCUGUGCAGGAGUAAACUCUACCACGACAGCAAGAAUCACUCAGGGAAAGCGUACCCCUCCUUCCUGGAGCCGGAUGACACCUUCAUCAUUCCGGACUCCCUCUUAGUAGUUUUGGACAUGGAUGAAGGGACUCUGGGCUACAUAGUGGACGGCCAUUACCUGGGGGUGGCCUUCAGAGGACUCAAAGGCAGGAAGCUUUACCCGGUGGUGAGCGCUGUGUGGGGACACUGUGAAAUACGAAUCCGGUACAUAAAUGGACUUGAUCCUGAACCUCUGUCUCUGAUGGACCUGUGUCGGCGCUCGGUGAGGGUAGCGUUGGGGAGAGAGCGUCUGGCUGAAAUCCAUCGGCUGCCCCUGCCGGCCUUUCUCAAGAACUACCUGCUCUACCAAUGACGGCGGAGUCACCUUCAACAUCACUUCCUUUCUCUCCUGUUCUUCUCUGGGAUCCUUCUCGGUCGGUCGAACUUGUUUGACAACAUUUUCUUGGGGCUGGUAGGCAGACCCAGGCUCGCUGAUGAUUCAGCAAGUAAGUGUAUCUGAUCCGUGGCUGGACUCCUAUUUUUUUAUCCUGUCUUUGCAAUGGUAUUGUCUAACUUGUCUAAUAUCAGGAAUCACUGAGCUCUAUGCACCUGCUGAUGGCAAAUAUGGCCAAGUCCCUAGCGGUCACAAAUGGGAUGGCAUUGGCUGGUGAAUUACAGCUGGCUCAGUUGCAGUUUUACGGCGGCCACAAGAUGGCAGCAUUUGUUAAACAAUUUAUAUUUGUAAGAAAAGUGUCAUUUUUUUAUUUAUAAGAGAAAUUGUUAGUUUUAAAAGAUGGUGAAACAGGACUCAGAUGACCAUGCCAGUGACUUUGACCUUUGACCUUGUGCAGCAAUGGAGGGGGUCUUCUGCUCACACUCCAUCACUCCAUCACUCUCCUGAAAGGAAAUACUGUACAUCAGCAAGCUGAAGUCUUAGGAAAUGUCACUGAUUAUUCCUAGCAUGUAUCUGCAAGAAGCUUUUAUUAAUGUCUUUGACACGUGUUCUUUCUUAGUGCCGUUAUGACCCACAUUCUACACACGUCAGCACACAAUGUGGAAAGCAGCUUGGUGAAAUACUUGGAAUGGAAGUGAGCGGCGCAUAUCAGGCCACGGGAAAAUAGUUAUUGUUGUGGCAGCAAAAAGGCCCCGUGAUCGUCCGAGCAGAAAGACAAUCCACAAAAGUGCUGCUGGGAUUCACAGCAAUAGUCAUGAAAGUAAAACGUCACACGGCGGCCCUGCUCAAAUGCCGUAGUAUCCUGUCUGAGCUGUUGCUUUUAAAAUGCAAGCGUGCGAUCAUCAGUCUGCACUCCGUGCCAUGCCUUCUCUUCCUUUCUUACUGCCUGCCUUUUAUUUGCUUUUCUUCAUGUAGUCUUGUUUCAAAGUAUCUAUUAAAGAUUAUUUCCAAU